GGGACCGGUUUAAACAAACGAGGCACUGUCAUGACAAAACAAAAAUGACAGUUGAAAGAAUUUCUGCACCUCCCAUGUAUGAUCCAGUUUUAACAACUACACUUUUUAGCUUUUAAAAUAAUUUAUCAAGUAGUAAAAAUGAUACUGCUGGAAAUUAACAACAGGGUAGUUGAGGAGACCUUAACAGUUAAAAUAAAAAAUGCACAAGCUAAAUUAAAAAACGAAAGCAUAGAUAUAACUGUAGCAGAUUUUGACGGAGUCCUGUAUCAUAUAUCGAACAUUAACGGCGAUAAAACAAAAAUUAGGACAAGUAUUUCAUUAAAAUUCUACAAACAGCUUCAAGAGCAUGGAGCAGAUGAGCUGCUCAAAAGAGAAUAUGGACCUUAUUUAGUAGCACCAGAGCCUGGGUAUAAUGUUUCUGUGUUAUUAGAUUUAGAAAAUAUUCCUGAAAACUGGCAGGAGUAUGUCAAGAAGCUGGGUCUACUCAAAAGGAACUGUUUUGCAUCAGUAUUUGAGAAAUACUUCGAUUUCCAAGAACGGGGAGAUGAGGGACAGAAGAGGGCUGUUAUUCCUUAUAGGGAUGAUGAAACUAUGUAUGUUGAAGCAAAAUCCGAUCGAGUAACUGUAGUAUUCUCUACCCGUUUCCGAGACGAGGAUGACGUUGUGAUCGGCAAGGUGUUCAUGCAAGAGUUUCGUGAAGGCCUGCGAGCCUCUCAUACUGCUCCGCCUGUUCUCUUCAGCCAUCGUGAGCCACCCAUCGAACUAAGGGAUACCAACGCGACGGUGGAUAACAACGUAGGAUAUGUUACUUUUGUUCUUUUUCCUAGACAUACGGCUCGUAAUACCCGUGAUAAUACAAUAAACCUGAUCCACAUGUUCCGACACUAUUUGCACUACCACAUCAAGUGUUCCAAGGCCUACAUUCAUAGCCGAAUGCGCGCAAAGACGUCCGACUUCUUGAAGGUUCUGAACAGGGCGCGACCUGAGAAUAAGUCCACAGACAAGAAGACGAUCAGUGGGAGAACAUUUAUAAGGAGAGAUUAAUAUUAAGUAAAAUAGUAAAUCGACUAAUGUUUUACUAUGUGUAAUGUUUUGAAUCAAGUCAUGCCUGUUAAAAUGACACUGUUUCAUUCUGUGCUAGGUUGUGUUUCGAAGUACCUACUCUUAAACACUAUUCAUAGCCUUUAUGACAAAUGAUAGUCAUUUUAUGUGAUUUGAGUGUAUCUUUGCCAUUUUUAUUUAUUUUUUACUUUAGUAUUCAAAAAUACAGUUAAUAAGUUAGUGAUCAACACAGGUAUUAUUGUAAUCCAUAACUGUACCUCAGAGCCAGGCUAGGUUAAGUAAAAUAAGUAGUUUUGAGAUAAUUGAAUUUGAAAUUUUUUUCUUGUGCGACUUGACAUUAGUUAAAAUGUCGUAACUUCCUUAUUACUACAGAUAGAUGGACACUGCAAGUAGCACUUGAAAAUUCACAAUAUAAUCAUAAGCUUAACAUAUUGAAGUCAUUUUUGACAAAAAAUGGACUGAUCCUUAUCUGGCUCUGGGGUACAGAUAUGCAAUAACUAUUGCAGACAAAUUUUUAGUAAAAAUGGCGAUAUUGAUCCAGUUAAUAUAAAAAUAUCGGGAAACCGAUUUCUCCCUAUCAUACAUAGAAAUCGAAUCUUCUUUCAUUCUAAUUCCACGAUCUUGCUAUUUUCCAAUGACUUCGAAAGAGAUCAGGAAACUCGGCAUAUUUUCUCCUGCUGUCACAAACAGGCAACCUGUUUCUUUGGGUAACUAGUAUGGAAUUGAACAGUCAUAUUUUAGAGUGGUUAUUAUAUUUGGUAUAUUGAAGAAUAAAGCAUGGUAAGACGUCAUGUAAACAGCUAGUUAUUUAGCUGGUUGUGUCUGUUGUAAUUUUCACUUACAAAGUAUUUUUGUGAGAUUGUUCAUGUUCAGCUACCUCAUUCCUAAUUCUGAGAUCGUUUUUGUAUUCCAUACUCGAAUAGUAUCUUACAGACAUACAAAAAACAAGCAUAUUUCUUCUAAUAACCAACCAUACAAAAAAUUGAGCAAAAAAAGAUGCUAGUAGCAAACCUUGUGAGGUUAAAUUCUUCUCAGUUGUUACGCGACAAAUGACACAAAAGUCCGUUCAUUAUUGCACCUCGUUUUUACGAAUCGAAAAUAAGUAUUUUUUCCGAUAAACGUUGAUCUGAAAAUAAGCAUUUUGCAGAAUCAUUGUUAAAGUACCUGUAUAAAAAGGAAAUGUCUACAAGAAAUCAGGCUAUAUUCACUUUGCAAGUGAAAAUUUACAAUUGUGCUUAUGUAUAAAAAUCCUUUAAACGUGCUUCCUCGGGCACUAUGAGUUGAGCACUGAGCAAAUUGUGUAUUUCAGAUAGUGUCUACAUUAUAUUAUCCUAUUUUUGCUUUAUUAUGUUUAGGAAAUGUUUUUUAUGAUAACUUGUGCUUUUUUCAUCGGUGGUAUUUUGGCUGUUCUCUCAAAACAAGAUCCAGUAAUAUUUUCAAAGUCAUGUCAAUUUACAGUGUUUUUAAAUAAUUAUACUUUCUAAGGUUUCUUAAUUUUUUUACCGUAAUUUUUGUUACAAUAAACAUUUGUACAAUAUACUUUAACAAAUGAUAUAGUAAGAGUUGUUCUCCGAUUUUAGAAAAUAAAAUGUUAUUUUAAUA